AUGGCGAAAAGAUCUGAUACUACUUCUCCCGCGACAGACGGAACUGAUGGUGGUGGUGUCGAACCUCCGAGAUCUGAUCAACCCGGAGAUCUCACCGGUGCUGCAGCCGUGACAGGUUCUCAGAAACGUGGCCGUGGUCGACCUCCGAAGGCUAAAUCCGGCGAUUCUAACCAAAACGGCGGCGUUUCUGCUCAGCCGAUUAGGAAAAGUGGUCGUCCGAAAAAAGCUGGAGCUUCUGAAGCAUCUGCUUCCACUGCGUCUGCACCGGCUGCUGUGAAGAAGAACCCUGGUAGGCCAAAGAGGUCAAACACUGCGACUCAGGCUGCGUCUACUACUGUAGAUGGUUCAAGGAAGCGAGGAAGGCCAAAGAAAGAUGAUGCGACGGUUGCUGCGACUGUGGCUCCAGCUGCGAAGCGUGGAAGGAAAUCUAACACUGGAGAAGUUGCCAAGAAGACUGUGGGCAGAACAAGGAAGGUCACUUCACUGGCAACGGAAGCUACUACUACUGGACAGGGAACUGCAAACGCCAGAGAGCUCAAGAAGAAAGCCGCACUCUUGAAAAAGAAAGUGAAGGAAGCAGCAGAUAAGUUGAACAUAGCGGUUGCAGCGAUCAAGGAGGUGCAAGGUUUAGUGGCUGAGAUGUAA